GGUUCACUCCUCUCUUUCCUUUUUUCCUCUUCACCGUCCUCGCCCUCGUCGUCUCUUCUCUUCUUUCUACCACUUCAUCCCCCCUGCGCGCUCUAAUCCAAAAUGUUCUCGGCUGCUCGCUAUGCCGUACGAUCCUCUAGGUUGGGGGGAUACUCUCAACUCCCGAGAUCUAUGAUCGCACGUAACAUGAACACAAAGAUCUCUGGUCCCGUCAUUGGAAUCGAUCUCGGGACGACUAACUCUUGUGUCUCCGUUAUGGAGGGCCAGCAAGCGCGCGUCAUCGAGAACGCCGAGGGUAUGCGGACCACGCCCUCCGUCGUUGCUUUCACAAAGCACGGCGAGCGCCUGGUGGGUCUGCCGGCGAAGCGUCAAGCCGUUGUCAACUCCCAGAACACGGUCUUUGCGUUCAAGCGGUUAAUCGGUCGCAUGUUCAAGGAUAAGGAGGUGCAGGACGACAUGAAGCACUGGCCAUUCAAGGUUGUUCCUAAGUCUGAUGGUAGGCCCGCUGUCGAGGUCCAGAACGGUGACAAGACCCAACAGUUCUCCUCCGAGGAGCUUUCGUCCAUGGUUCUUACUAAGAUGAAGCAAACUGCUGAGCAGUUCCUUGGCAAGCCUAUCAAGCAUGCUGUCGUCACCGUCCCUGCCUACUUCAACGAUGCUCAACGGCAAGCAACCAAGGAUGCCGGCUCUAUCGCUGGCCUCGACGUCCUCCGUGUCAUCAACGAGCCUACUGCUGCUGCCCUGGCUUACGGUCUCGACCGUUCCGACUCUUCUGUCAUUGCUGUCUACGAUCUCGGUGGUGGUACCUUCGAUAUCUCUAUCCUUGAGAUGCAGAAGGGCGUGUUCGAGGUCAAGUCGACCAAUGGUGACACUCAUCUUGGUGGUGAGGACUUCGAUAUCCUGCUGGUCGAGCACAUCCUCUCCGAGUUCAAGAAAGAGACCGGUGUCGAGCUGAACAAUGACCGCAUGGCCAUCCAGCGGAUUCGUGAAGCGGCCGAAAAGGCCAAGAUCGAGCUUUCAUCUGCGACCCAGACCGAGAUCAACCUGCCUUUUAUCACUGCUGAUGCUAGCGGCCCGAAGCACAUCAACAUGCGCUUCCUUCGCUCCCAAUUUGAGUCCCUCGUUGCUCCCCUCGUUCAGCGCACGAUCGACCCAUGCAAGAAGGCGCUCACUGAUGCCGGUGUGAAGACCAGCGAGAUCGACGCUGUUAUUCUUGUUGGUGGUAUGACUCGCAUGCCCCGUGUUGUCGAUACCGUGAAGAACCUCUUCGGCCGGGAACCAAGCAAGGGUGUUAACCCCGAUGAGGCCGUCGCCAUCGGUGCUGCCAUCCAGGGUGGUGUACUCAGCGGUAAUGUUACCGACAUUCUCCUCCUCGACGUGACUCCUCUUUCCCUCGGUAUUGAGACUCUCGGUGGUAUCAUGACCAAGCUUAUCAUGCGUAACACUACGAUCCCGACGAAGAAGUCCCAGACUUUCUCGACAGCCGCCGAUGGCCAGACCGCCAUCGAGGUCAAGAUCUACCAAGGAGAACGUGAGCUCGUCCGCGACAACAAGCUCCUCGGUAACUUCAACCUCGUCGGCAUUCCCCCCGCACCCAAGGGUGUUCCUCAGAUCGAGAUCACCUUCGACAUCGAUGCUGACGGUAUUGUCAACGUCUCCGCCAAGGACAAGGCUACCAGCAAGGACCAGUCCAUGACCAUCGCUUCCUCGUCCGGUCUGUCUGAUAAGGAGAUCGAGCGCAUGGUUGACGAUGCGGAGAAGUACGCAGAGAGCGACAAGGCUCGCAGGGACGUGAUCGAGAUGGCCAACCGCGCCGACUCGAUCUGUGCCGACACGGAGAAGUCGAUGGCUGACUUCAAGGACCAGCUCGACGCCGCUGAGCAGGAGAAGGUGUCCAAGCUCAUUGGUGAGCUGCGCGAGCUCGCUGUGAAGGGCCAGGCCGCCGAUCCCAGCAUCACCGCCGAGCAGAUCAAGGAGAAGAUGAGUGAGACGCAGAAUGCCUCUCUGGGCCUGUUCCAGAAGGUGUACGAGAAGAAGAACGCGGAGCAGCAGACGAAGGAGGCUGACAGCAGCUCCGAGGGCCAGACACCAGAGGGUGGCGAGCCAAAAAAGGAGUAAAGGAUUGACGGUUUCCUUUUCUCUGUUUCGACCUUGGCAUUGUUGAUCCCCGCACCUGUUCAUUCGUUUUGCAAUGUACGCAUCCCUCUUCGUUAAUCCUCUCACUUCUCUAGUUAGAUUCCAAAAGGCUGGCGACACGCGGUGUCGGUGUCGCCGGUGCCGUCCCGUCUGAUCUGCAUGCGGUUCUCCCUUUCAUGUGUUUGAUAUAAGUAUCAGAGCGCAUCUCGCCCCACUCAAUUUGCUGCUACUAUUCCUUUUUUUGUUUCGUAUGUGUCUAGUUACAAACAUGAGGACGUGAGGAUUCCAGAGAAAUAAAUGUAGCUUAAC